UGGUCCCACGAAAACAGUGGAAAAAGAGAAGUUUUUAAACACAACAUGACAUGGGAAAGGAAUCUUACCACGUGUGGAUACUAAGCUAAUUCGAACAUAUUUCAGGGACUAAAACACAAACAGUGCGGUAUAUAACAAGAGCCAGACAGACUUUCCCCCAUCAAAGCGAUAGAACAACGAGAACUCGGGAAAGGAGAGGGCGAAAAUCCGAAAGGAAGAAGAGGAGAGCGCGAAGCAAAUGGCGGAGGCCCCCAGCAAGAUCGAAUCCAUGAGGAAAUGGGUUGUCGAGCACAAGCUCCGAGCCGUAGGUUGCCUCUGGCUUACUGGGAUCAGCAGUUCGAUCGCCUACAACUGGUCGCGGCCCAAUAUGAAGACUAGCGUCAAGAUCAUCCACGCAAGGUUGCACGCGCAGGCUCUAACUCUUGCUGCAUUGGUUGGUUCUGCAUGUGUCGAGUACUAUGAUAACAAAUAUGGUUCUUCUGGGCCUAAGGUGGACAAAUACACAAGCCAAUACUUGGCACAUUCGCAUAAAGAUUAAGAUCUCCAUGUUGGCUCCUGCAUACCGGAUUAAUUUUGGGUGCUCAUGAACCAUGUACCUGGAUGCUGGAUAGUUAUUCUUUGUCUCCCCUUAAUGCAAAAUGACAGCGUACUUGCCAGGGUAUUCCUGGAAAAUGACAUUAAGGUUGUAGUGCAGAUAUUAUCUUCAUAAUUUAGCCUCAGGUUGCGUUAUGUAACAUCACAUUGUGGACAGUCCUGGGAUAUUUGUACUUCUUUUUUCCAAGAAAAGCAAAGGAGAGAGAUCCUGAUUUGUGCUGAAA